CUUGUAUCUUUCUUUCUUUUUCAGAUUCAAGUUGAGCUGGCAAUGCUCAGUUCCCAGUCAUUGCGCAGCUUGCGUGAAAAAAUUACUUGCAUAUCAGAUGCUGCUAUCAUUGGAGACUUCAGUGAAAACCCAGACAAAACAUCAGACCAACGAGCUAUUGAGCUGUACAAGUCGGGAUUUUUUUACAUAGGAAACACAUUCUACAACGACAUGAGCGACCCAUCAUGCAGAGACUACAGCGAAGUAAUAAUAGAAUGGGCUAACAGCCCCAGACGAGAAAUAGGCCCCUUUAAUGUCGCGGACAUGGCAGACAUCAAACUUUCAGACCUGGAGCUGCGUCUGGGAUACCCCUACGUCUACGUCCACCAGGGAUACUGUGAACACCUGGUGGUCUUCUCCGACAUGAGGAUGCUUCAUCCGCACGACAGCCACUGCAUAUCGGACUACCCCAUGGCAUUGAAAACCUUCCCAUGUGGCAAGAGGGUGUUCUGCAUGCUCUGCCACCAGAAUACAGCCAAGUGGGUGACAUACGAGAACGAACGUGUCCUCUGCGACCCAUACUUUUUCUGCGACGCCUGUUUUCGGUCGUACAGCUACACUGCCGACAAUAAGAAGAUUGGCAAAUUUCGUGCGGCCCCUUUCUUGGACUGGAACACAGUGCUCUGAUGUGUACUAGUCUUUUUUCUUGAAUGUGGAACAGAUUGUGUCGUACUGUAGGAAUAUGUGCUCCAUUAAUAAAUCGUGUAUAACCAGUG